GCCAGCCUGUGAGGGGGGCGCCGCGGGGUCCGCCGGCUCCCCGGCAGCCCCCGGGCGCGGUGCAGUUUGGGGGAACAUGGCCGCUUCCGGUCUCCCUCCCGGACCGGCGCUCGCCUGACAGCGGCCCCGGCCCAGAGCACUCCGCCCUCAGCUCUUCCCGCCCCUCAAUCGCGGAGGUCGUUUCAGCCUCUCCCUCCAGCGACCCGCUCCGCGCCAUGGAGAAGAGCUCCAGCUGCGAGAGUCUUGGCUCCCAGCCGACUGCGGCGCGACCGCCCAGCGUGGACUCCCUGUCCAGUUAAUGUGUUAAGAGCCAUUGACAUUUGAAGAUCACCAGAAGUGAAGAUAAAACAUCUCAAAAAUUAUAAUUGCCUCCACUUCUCAUUCAGAGAAUUCAGUGCAUACAAAAUCAGCUUCUGUCAUAUCAUCAGAUUCCAUUUCAACUUCUGCAGACAACUUCUCACCUGAUCUGAGGGUCCUGAGGGAGUCUAAUAAAUUAGCAGAAAUGGAAGAACCACCCUUGCUCCCAGGAGAAAAUAUUAAAGACAUGGCCAAAGAUGUAACUUACAUAUGUCCAUUCACUGGUGCUGUACGAGGAACUCUGACUGUCACAAAUUACAGGUUAUAUUUCAAAAGUAUGGAACGGGACCCACCCUUUGUUUUAGAUGCUUCUCUUGGUGUGAUAAGCAGAGUAGAAAAAAUUGGUGGUGCUUCUAGUCGAGGUGAAAAUUCCUAUGGACUUGAGACUGUGUGCAAGGAUAUCAGGAAUUUACGGUUUGCUCAUAAACCUGAGGGACGAACAAGAAGAUCCAUAUUUGAGAAUCUAAUGAAAUACGCAUUCCCUGUCUCUAAUAACCUGCCCCUUUUUGCUUUAGAAUACAAAGAAGUAUUUUCUGAAAAUGGGUGGAACGUAUAUGAUCCUCUUUUAGAGUAUAGACGGCAGGGAAUUCCUAAUGAAAGCUGGAGAAUAACGAAGAUAAAUGAACGAUACGAGCUGUGUGAUACAUACCCCGCUCUCUUGGUUGUGCCAGCAAAUAUUCCUGACGAAGAAUUAAAGAGAGUAGCAUCCUUCCGAUCAAGGGGCCGUAUCCCAGUUUUAUCAUGGAUUCAUCCUGAAAGUCAAGCCACAAUCACUCGAUGUAGCCAGCCCAUGGUAGGAGUCAGUGGGAAGCGAAGUAAAGAAGAUGAAAAAUACCUUCAAGCUAUCAUGGAUUCCAAUGCCCAGUCUCAUAAAAUCUUUAUAUUUGAUGCCCGGCCAAGUGUUAAUGCUGUUGCCAAUAAGGCAAAGGGUGGUGGUUAUGAAAGUGAAGAUGCUUACCAAAAUGCAGAACUAGUUUUUCUGGAUAUCCACAAUAUUCACGUUAUGAGAGAAUCAUUACGAAAGCUUAAAGAGAUUGUAUACCCCAACAUUGAGGAAACUCACUGGUUAUCUAACUUGGAAUCUACUCACUGGUUAGAACACAUUAAGCUUAUUCUUGCAGGGGCUCUUAGGAUUGCUGACAAGGUCGAGUCAGGGAAGACAUCUGUGGUAGUACACUGCAGUGAUGGUUGGGACCGCACAGCUCAGCUAACUUCCCUGGCCAUGCUCAUGUUGGAUGGAUUCUAUAGAACCAUGCGAGGAUUUGAAGUCCUUGUAGAGAAAGAAUGGCUCAGCUUUGGUCAUCGAUUUCAACUAAGAGUUGGCCAUGGAGAUAAGAACCAUGCAGAUCCAGACAGAUCGCCUGUUUUUCUUCAGUUUAUUGACUGUGUCUGGCAAAUGACAAGACAGUUUCCUACAGCAUUUGAAUUCAAUGAAUAUUUCCUCAUCACCAUUUUGGACCACCUGUACAGUUGUUUAUUUGGAACAUUCCUAUGUAACAGUGAACAGCAGAGAGGAAAAGAGAAUCUUCUCAAAAGGACUGUGUCAUUGUGGUCUUACAUAAAUAGCCAGCAAGAAGACUUCACUAAUCCUCUCUAUGGGAGCUACUCUAAUCAUGUCCUUUAUCCUGUAGCCAGCAUGCGCCACCUAGAGCUCUGGGUGGGAUAUUACAUAAGAUGGAAUCCCCGGAUGAAACCACAGGAGCCUAUUCACAACAGAUAUAAAGAACUUCUUGCUAAACGAGCAGAACUUCAGAAGAAAGUAGAGGAACUACAGAGAGAGAUUUCUAACCGAUCAACCUCAUCCUCAGAGAGAGCCAGUUCUCCUGCACAAUGUGUUACUCCUGUCCAAACUGUUGUCUGAAUGGACUGUUUGAUGGGCCAUCAUCACCACAGACUUUGGCAAUGGCAGCUUUAUAAGUAGAAAGUCUUCUGAUUUUGGAACCUAUCUGUGAGAGAAAGUGGUCACUUUAUUUAUUUUAAAUUUCUCUCAGAUGAGUUUAGAAUCGUAGCAGUGUGGGUGGUGUCGGUGAAAUAACCCCUUAUAUAACUAUAUGGUUAUGAUACUCAUUUUACAAGACACCCAGAGAAUAUUAAAAUGUUUAAAUCCUGGAUCCACAGUGGGAACAAUUUUUGAUUUUAAGAAGUGCUGUCUUAAGAGAUUUUGGCAUCUGGUAAUAAAAAUACACCACCACUUCAGAAACAUAC